UAUUGGGCUACCGCUCGCCGCUACGCCGCUCUGGUCUGUAGGCUCCUUUACGGCUUAUGGCUUAAAAUACCUAUUGUAGAUGUGGACUUAAGAUACUAAUACGGCUCUCUGAUUGGUUCAUGCACUAGCUUAAGAUCAUCUCGAAUCUUGAGCAACGUCUAUGGAUUCCGCCCUUAUAGUGGGUCGGAAAUCUAAAUAGGGGGAUCUUGAGAAGAAGAAGAAAUAGACUCUGACGGGGAGCUCUGUUUACAGUUUGUGUGAUAGGUUAUCGUUUUUCAAACAGUCUUUUGUAAAGAACGUCACGUUAACAAAAUUAUGUCACGGAAAAAACACAAUGUAUCAUAUAUCAAACCGAACGAACCAAAAUUUCUACAAGAGCUAAAAGAACAAAUUGGAUACAAAGAAGGUCCUACUGUUGAUACGAAAAGAGAAGUUCUACCAAAAGUAUCCGAUGAUGAAAGGGAAGAGUUGGCUGAUGAGAAACCUGUUGUUGUCGUGUUAAAUUCUGGUGAUUUGACGGCAGAAGAAGCAGAUGCUUUUAAAAAACAGAAAGAAAAAGAAGAAAAUAAUGCCCCAGCUGAUCUAUCUAAGAAGAUCAUAUUUCGCAAAACUAAAGCAGUAGAAACAGAUUCUGACACAAUUGCCACAGAUAAACCUGUGAAAAAGAAAGUGAAAAGAGAAAAGCAAAAAAUCAUCCUAUCCUUCAAUGCUAAUGACAAUGAUGAGGAACGAUGAUACACAGCGUUGAAUGUGAAUUCUUAAUAUUUGAUGAAUGUACAUAUCAUGUCUUACAACAUAUAUAAAUAAUAUUUUUUGUAAAUACUUUGUGGUGUAUAUUGUAAAUGAAAUUAGGUGACAAAUUUACAUAAAUUAUUACUAUUAUUUUAUCGAUUUAAGAAUUAUUGUUAACAUACUAGAGAAGAGCACUUGUAAAAAAACUGAGUUAUAUAAAAUACUUAAGAAAUUUUUGUUUUUUGUCGUCCGAGAUAAAAGUUGACAAACUUCGGAAGAGACAAGAAACACGUGAAAAAAAACUCCGAUUAUCGAUAAUCGAAAAUUAUUGAAAAGAAGGAAAAAGGCACGAGGUAUAAAACAAGAAACAGGAAGCAAAGAAUAAUCUACGGCACACCUAUAUACGCAUUGUAGAUUAGGCUAAAACGUAUUUGGUUAAGUAUAAUUAGGUUAAGGAAU